GUUAAAUAUUCAUUUAACAUAAUGUUGGUAUCAUAACAGAUUGAGCUCCUUGAGACCCCUGAUUGGGAUCUCAGUGAUCGUCCCAAUGCAUCACGUGAUUUCGCUCAGUUCAUAUGUAACAUGCCUCAUCUGAAGAACCUGACACUUUACGGUCGGUAUCACGAUGACUUCUACUCACCAUCGUCUUCGAUGGCAUCAUCCGCAAAGAUUGAGACUCUUGAGACCCCUGGUUGGGAUCUCAGUGAACGUCCCUCUGCAUCACGUUAUUUUGGUCAGUUCAUACGUAGCAUGUCUCAUCUGAAGAACCUGAAACUUUACGGCCGGUAUCACGAUGACUUCUACUCAACAUCGUCUUCGAUGGCAUCAUCCGCAAAGGAUCACGACCAGAGUCGUAACACAUGCCCCACCUUGACUGAGCUGACAGUGGAUGAUAACAUACUAGAAGGGUGGCAUGAUUGUGGUUCGAUGUUUGACAAUGUGAAGAGGGUCACUAUACAGGUAUGUAACCCAAUCAACUAUGACGUCAUCCAGAGGAUCCAACUACCAGGAGCAACAGAACUCACCAUUCAAACACAUGAGUAUGGACUUCGACCGGCUGGUUUCCAUGAGGAGCUCACUGCACUACCUAAUGCCCUUCUGAAUAUCUCCUCUCAGCUUGUCAAGGUGACAUUCAGCGAUCUUGACAUUGGCAAUAGUAAGAUGGAACUAAUCUUACAAGCUUUCAGAUCGCCUCACAACCUGAACCAUCUGAAGACCAUCAGAUUCAUGAGAUGCGGAACAGAUUUGAGCAUGAAUGAUGUCACAAUUGUGUGCAAUGAAGAUCACGUCAUAGAAGUGGAGGUGGAGCAUGGCAAACCACGUGGUUUUUAAUCAGGUAGAUGGCACCGUACUCUACCUGAUGAAUCAGACGGCUCAGACGAUCAUUCUUUGAAAAGAAGAAAUAUCGGAUGAAGUGAAAAGUACAUGAAAACGCCACCAUAGACGUAUCGAAUAAUUGCUCAACGUUUAAUUUAAAUCCGGACUAAGAAAUAUAAAUCGUCAUGCAAUCGAGUUACUCACCCAAUAAAUCGCGCUCAUAUUCAUUUAAUAAUACAUGAAUAAUUAUUCCUUACAUCCGUUUUGUGGCUCUUUUUCUUUCAUUGAAGAAAUUGUGAUUUUAAAUUCCCUUCGAAAUGUUACUCAUAUUGUAUUAAGUGGUUCAUUCAAUUAAUAUACUUUACAGAGAGUUACAGGGAUUUGCACGGUGCAAAUGUUAAAACUUGUAAAAGGGCCGAAAUGUUGUGAAAUAUCAAAAUUGAAACUAUCCUAAAAGUACGGUGGUGAAGUUGUAAUUAUUAGAAAAGAUUACAGUCAUUUUUCUUGGCAAAUUUAAACUGGCAGUGUUUUAUUCACCACAUUUGUUGUGUACGAAAUUGGGUCUUCCAUUUUCACAUAUUGGCACAAAAGUCUUAUUCACGCGAUACUAUAGUCACGUGACUUUUGAAAAUACCAGUACACCUUUAUUCCUAAUAACUGCAACAUUGUUGCGUAUCGUGUUACUUAGCUGUAAAUAGGGACUUUUAGAUUUGCACAACGACAACGUGGAUUGCUACGAUCGACGUCCUUUUAAUGCACUGCCUUAAAUGGACGUCACACGUAUCAGUCCACGCAAAUUUAAAAGUCCCUAAAUACUCUAGCGUCUUCCUAAGAUAUACUUUGAUUGCUACUUUUGGAAUGGAUAAUAUGUUAUCGUUGAGAAUUAUUUGUGUGGUUGGCGCAGUAGAGUUUACUUAUAUAGUGGCUGUGCUAUAUAAAUUGAUCUAAAUAAUAAAAUUGCAAUGGAGCUCAGUGCACACGAGGCGGACGUCACCUAGCGUAUGACUGCGUCAGCGACUGGCUUAGACAUUAACGCACCGUGCGAGAGUAUCGUUACACAAAUGGAGUGCAAAUCGAACAGUACAAACCUUUCUUCAAAUUAAGGGCGUUGUAGUCCUAACUGAAUAACCUCACUCUGUUAUGGCAUGUAUUAAUACAGUGUAAACACUGCCUCUUGUGCAAUGAGUAUUGUAUAAAUGAUGUCUGUGCCAUUAGAAUCAAUCGUCUUUUAUGGUUUGUUUUAUUACCCUCUAUGUACAAAAUAGUGUGGUCUUUUCAGAGCCAGAAGGCCUGUUUUAAAUAAAAACUUUGGAUGUAUAUACAAACAUAUUUUACAUUUAAAAACACACAGCAUAUGAAAUGGCAGUAAUUGGCUGACUUAAAAUCAAAUACAUGUAUAUAAUAAAGAAUGUACCGGAAAUAAAUUGAAUAAUCAAACAACAAAACGAAUGUUUACAAAGAACAAAUGAACGAGCAAAAGAAAGAAAAAACCAAAUCGAAGCAAAAAUAGUGUUCUCCUUCCGAAAUUCGUAUACAAGUCAAUAUUUAUAUGUAUUUGAGAUGUGCAAGCUGGCGAUAAUUUCAAUACCAGUUCUGAUGUGAUUUCAUACAAACAAGAGUUUUAAUACGGUAAAUCUUUCUCAAAUGUAUCCUCAAACAGACUAUUGAGUAAAUGUAUCUAGUCAUGUAUCCUUCAUGGCCCUUGUAAAGAGGACAAAUGAAGACCACAUUUCAUUCACAAAUAUAACGCUGUAUUCUUGUGUUAUCUAAUAUAACUUGUAUAUGAACUCUUGCAUGUGGUACUUAAAAGGUUUGUUUGUAUUUCUUAAAUCUUAAUUUGGAAAGGGAAACUAUUUUGUUUGCUAUAUAAUUAUAUGAGUUGUUAAUUUUGUCUGUAUAUAAUUUGUAAAUAAUGUAGCCAAAUGAUCGGUGCCAACACAAAGGAGUGUGUUUGUAUAUGAAUAUCAUUUAAAACAAUGCUAAAAACACAUCUCUUUAAGUCUUGUUCCUGAAUAGCACUUUUGACCUUUUGCCUUUUAUUUUUUAUUUUGUGUAGAUUACCGUAGGAUACUAUUUAUUUAUGAACUAUUUGUAUUUUGGUUGUAAGUGAUUUGUAAUUAUGUACAUGUAUUAUUUUCAUUUGCAAAGUUUUAAUGGUAAUUUAAAUUGAUGUAAUUUGUAAUGCAAUUUAUAUUUACUUUACUUAUCAGUUAUUUUCUUCUAAACCGCUUAGAGGCAAUUUGCAAAUUGCGGUAUACAAAUAUCUUAUUAUUAUUAGUAGUAUUAUUUAUCCAAUCCAAGCAGAUGAUUUUCUACAAGUUCAACUCGUGAUUGUACACUAUUAAAGUCGAUAAAAGAACAUUAUUUAGUGUAAUUCACGAAGCAUUAAGCUUAACUUUCGGAAUGCUUUCUGCAAUCUUUGUAAAUAUGGUAAGCGUGCACUGAGACAUUUCCGCAUUAUGCGAAGAAGUAAAAUGUAUAACUAGUAACGGUAGUAGUAUAGUUUCCGGUAGUAGAAGUAGUAGUAGUAGUACUAUUAAUAAUACUUGUUGUUGGUGUAGUUAUUGUCUUGUUGAUGGUGUUGAUGCUGUGGCGGUAUUAGUAUAAGUAGUUGUAUUGAUUCAUUUCAGACCUGAUCUAUAAAUAUCAAUUAUUACGUUCAGUGUGAGUGGUAUAUUGUUAAGACGCCAAAUAUUGUUUACUGAAACUGGUUAUUUUGUAUGCAUUGAUAAUAUUAUGGAGAAUGACGUACGUCGUUACUUUACACGUAAGUCUAUUUUGCUGGAAACAUGAGUAACUAUACAUGGUUGAAUUCAUUAUAGCUGAAUUUAAACAUGAUUUAUCAUUUCAUUCUUAUUCAUUUAUUGUAAUAUGAAUUGAGAAGAAUGUUUGCAUGCCAAUGUUUAAGGCGGUUAUACCUUAUACUGUAUAGCCCCAUUAAAUAAAUGUAAAUAGUGUAAUAAGCCUUA